AUGCGGUACGUCUGCUCCGGAAUCUUUAUGUCCUCUAUCUACGCCUCCUCGGGCGUAAACAGCUGGAAUUACCACUACGAUGUCGGAGACCCCAUGGAAGAGGCCUCUGGUUUCGGAUACGUCCCUGGAUCCGCAUCCUAUACAACCAUCAAUGCAGCCAUCGUCCCUGUUAUGCAGGGAUACUGGACUAGUUUCAUAAAGCAUCUCGAUCCAGAUCCAGGGCGGUAUUUGGGCAGUCCAGAGUGA